AUGAGCAUCUUCAGCUGCCCGCCUCCCUCUGCAGGCCAGCAGCACGCUCCCCCUGCGCACGGAGGCCAUUCGUCAUCGAGCAACCAUCAUUCGGGCAACGGUCUGCUGCCCCUCCCUUCGCCUCCCCCCUCCGCAUCUCAGAGGAUGCGAAUGCCUCCACAGCAUCACCACCACCCCCGUACUGGCCCUGGUACGAGCAACGGCAGCGCUGGCAGACCCUACCAGCCUAUGCGGCCUCUUCCUGGAAGCCGCCAUCAUCACGGCCCGACGUCCAUGGGCGCCUACGCUCCAUCCUCGUCGGCCAGAACCUCUACAACUUCCACCUCUACCACCUCGAGCUCCUCUUCUUCCUCUUCGUUCUCGAGCAAGGGCUCGUCUUCGCUUCUGGUGGAGGGCUGCCCACCUCUGCGUCAAUUCGCUUGGACCGAUUUCGACAUUAUGCAGAAGGUGGGCGAGGGCACCACAGGGAGCGUGUACAAGGCCAAGUGCCGAGGGACGGCCACGCUGUACGCUCUCAAGGUCUUCCGUCACGAAGCCGAUAUGGGGGUGAGCAUCAGUGCGCUGCAAGAGAUCAAGUCCUUCCAGCGGUUGCGACCCCUGAAGUAUAUCGUGCGACUCGUCGGCUUCACCUUCUCCCCCAAGGACGAGUUCGUUUUGGUCGAAGAGUACAUGGAGCACGACUUGGCCGGCCUCUUGCACUCCAAGCACAGGUUCAGUGAACCGCACAUCAAGUGCAUCAUGCACCAGCUUCUGUCGGGCCUGCACGAGUGCCACCAAAUGCAGCUCAUCCACAGAGACAUCAAGAGCUCCAACAUUCUGAUGCACCGGGGCAACCUCCGGAUCACGGACUUUGGGUUCAUGACGACGGUGGAGAAUGCCGCGCUUUAUCAGUCGUGCGAGAUCAUCACCCUCUGGUACCGUCCGCCGGAGCUGCUUCUGGGCACCACCAAGUACGGCCAGGAGGUCGACAUGUGGAGUGCCGGGUGCAUCUUUUUCGAGCUGUUGACGAUGGAGAUCGCUUUCCGGGGCCGAAGCUCGAAGGACCAGCUUGUCCUCCUCUUCAAGACUCUGGGCAAGCCCUCUGAGUCGAUGUGGCCCGGGGUGUCGUCGCUUCCGCUGUGGAACGAGCUGGGCCGGGACAUCCCGCCCUACCCCAACACCCUGCGCGAGCGGCUGGCGGGUUCGCGCGUGAGCCCGCAGGCGCUCGACCUCCUGGCCUCGCUCCUCUCGCUCGACCCCAAGCACCGGCCCACCACCGCCCAGGCCCUGGCCCACCCGUUCUUCACCCACGGCGUCGCGCCGUGCAAGCCCAGCGAGCUGCCCCAUUUCGAGGAGGCCCACGAGUACGAACUCAAGAAGCUCCAGCAGCACUCCUCCGCCACAGCCGCCGGCGGUGGCGGCCCGGGCGGGCAGCGCAGAGCGCCCACUGUCGGCGGUGGCGGCCAUCAGAUGCGGUCGAUGUCGGGCGGACACGGUGGACACGGUGGUCAGCUGACCAUCACAGGUGGUGGUGGCCUGAAUCGCCGAGCGCCGGCGCAGUCGCACCACGGUGGUGGCCAUUUUGGCGGCCGAGACGGGCACCAGCGGCGUGCUGGCGGCGGCGGACCACACGAUGGCGCGCCGGCGGCGCCCUACGCCCACCCGCCGGGGCACGCGCAGCCGCACCACGCCCGCGGCGAGGAGGCGCCCCAGACCCGCAAGCGACCAGCGGCGGACGUGGACUGGAUCCUCAACCGGGAGAAGCCGAGCGUCAAGCCGCCGGGCGGUCCCACCUCCCCGCCCGCUGCGAUGCCUUCGUCGCGGGGCCUCCUGCACGACGGCAAGCGAAUCAAGACCGAGCGCGACCUCGCCAGUCCGCCGCCAGUUCUCAAGAGGGAGUCGUCGCUGCCGCUGGCUGCGAGCCGGGCGUCAGACGCGGAGGGGAGAGCGCGAACGAGGGAGGCCGUAACGCCGCCCACCAACGCUGCCGCCGCUGCCGCUGCCGGCGACGCCGCGCGCGGUCGAACGAAGCCGAAGCUCAUCCAGCCCGUUCGCAAGCUGUCGCCCACGCGGACGCGGCUGCCCACGGUCCCUAUGUCGUCCCUCCCCGUCCGUCGCGACUCGUCAGCCACCUCGCGAUCGCCGCCGCACUCCUCAACCGCCCCAUCGCCGUCAUCGUCGGCUUCCACCACGCCCACGCCGGGCUCGUCGGCGCCGUCCAAAAUCACCAUUCGACGGAGCAAGGUGGGUGACAAGCCAGUCCUGCGAAUCGUCAACCACGGUUCACCACCGCCGGCGACGGCGACCACCGGCGCGGCUGAGGCCGAGGCUAAGCGAGAGGCCCAGACGACGGCGAAGAGGCGACGCCAGCCGUCGCCCGCCGAGGAAACGAGCGCGCGACGCGAAGGGAGCAGUGGCGCCGCCGGCGCCGGACAGGGCCACCCGCGGAAGGCGGCGCGGCGCGAGGGCGCCACGGCCUCGCCGUCGUCGCCCACCGACGCUCGGGGCGACGGCCUCCUGCCCACGCCCGCCGGGCCUCCCCUCGCCAGCGACUUGACAGCGCCCCGGCGGCAGCGCAGCGGGGCCAAGGGCGGCUCGGCGGCCCUCGAGGGCGGAGCGCCGGCCAAGGCCGCGCCGGCCGCCACUCGCGGCAAACCCAGCAGUGCCGGCGGCGGUGGUAGCAAGCUCUACUGCACGUGUCGGCAGCCCAACGAUCCGUCGCGGUGGAUGAUCGCGUGCGACUGGUGCGACAGCUGGUACCACGGCGAUUGCGAGGGCGUCACGCAGGAGGAGUCCAACCGGAUCCCCAAGUACAAGUGCCGGCGGUGUCGCGGCCUCGUUCCCAGAGACCAGUGA